AUGGAAACUCCUAGCAGCAUCAGCAAAGCCAGCAUCGUGGCUGCACUUCAAGCCGUGAAGCGGAAGUCGGGCAAGACUCAUGGGAAGAUAGCCCAGGAAGCCGGCUUGACAAACGUGUACGUGGCUCAGCUCUUGAGGCGCCAAGCCCAGCUCAAGCCGGAGACUGCUCCAUCACUCCGGGCAGCCCUGCCCGACCUGUCUGAUGAGCUCCUCCAUGAGAUGAUGCAACCACCCAUGCGAUCAUAUGAUCCUAACAUCAUUCAAGAACCCACUGUUUACAGAUUGAAUGAAGCAGUUAUGCAUUUUGGUGAGAGCAUCAAGGAAAUUAUAAACGAGGACUUUGGAGAUGGCAUCAUGUCAGCUAUAGACUUCUACUGCUCGGUUGACAAAGUCAAAGGUGUGGACGGAAAGGAUCGUGUUGUUGUGACAUUUGAUGGGAAGUAUUUGCCACAUACUGAGCAGCUAUCUGAGCAUAUGGUAUCAAGAACAAGAAAGAAAGAGAACCAAAAUCAUUGA